AUGCCCUCCGUCAUGUUGUCAGCAGUGCUUGAAGAGGAGCCUGAUCUGUAUGAGGCAUUUCCUCCUCAUGUUGAUCCUUCUGGCAUCACCAUUUUGACUGACAGUCCACCAGGCAAGAAGGCACCCCUCAAGACCUUCGAGGAACUCCAGCCCCUCCUACAGCAGGGCCGCAAACGCGAGCUCAAGCUCUUCAUCAGGGAGAACUCCUGGCCCAUCAACAGCUCUAUCCGCGCUGCCCUCUGGCCCGCCCUCUGUAGACAACACCAACAUGGCAAGUCUAUGCUCGACGGAUUCUACUGGGACAUGGUUACGCAGGUCUUCGGUACAGUGGAAUUGCCGGACAAGCCGAUCAUGCUCCCACCGUUCGUGGAAGCGACUCACUGUCUCGGAUACCACCUGACCCGCAAGGGUCGGGCGGUCGCGGACCGCGUGGUGUCCGUACUUGGUUACGCCUGCCCCGACAUCACGUACAGCCCCAGUCUCUACCCCAUCACCGCUGCCCUAUUGCACUUUAUGCCUGAGGAAGAAUGUUACCACUGCAUGGCAAGCUUGGUCGCGUCGAAGGAGAAGAUGUUCAUCACUCAGACCAAGCUCCUUAACGAGGUCACAUGGAAAACAGUCAUGCAGAUCGCUAAAAAACAUGCCAAGUCGGCCGCCCAGCACCUGUCGCGACUGUCGGGCGCGAUUGGUCCUGAGCGCAUAUACGCGGACUGGCAGUGGUGGAUACUAGCCGCCUUGCCCUUCCCACACUUGGUCAGGGUGCUAGAUUGCUUCUUCCACGAGGGGAUCAAAGUAUUCUACAGAGUAGCGCUCGCUAUACUCAUUCUAUUCCACAAGCACUCGACCAAUCAAAACUCCGAAUGGUACGCCGAAGCGACCAAGAACGGAGUUGACCAUGCCAUAGAUAAGUUCUGCAGGAAUAUGCCCGCUUCGCCCACAAAACUCCUUAGAACUGCUUUUAGUAUACGGGCGUUAAGCUCCCAGUACAUAUCCCGAGUGUUCAUAAAAACGGAGAUGACGUUAAAGUCCAAACAAGUCAUAACAGGAUCACGUCUCGUUCGGUCCAGAUCGUCUGACAACCUCCCGACCAGCCAGUCCCAAGUGAACAUACAGAUGAUGUCCCACACACUCACCAUACGCGAGAGAAUGUCUGAGGAAACGUGCAAACAGAUGUUAUUCACACUAUGGUCGUGGUUACCGGUUCGAAUCACGAUGUAUCAGCCAGUGCUUCUGUACACGACGGAGGAGCAUGGGUGCUCGUUGACAACGUUCUACGUGCGAGUUGAACACCAUGAGCCCACCUUGUUGAUGAUCAAGACUUGUAAUAAUGAGGUAUUCGGUGCAUAUUGCUCCACGAGGUGGUUCGAACGCAACCAGAAGGACGAGCGCGGUAACCGACAGGCCUACUUCGGUACCGGCGAGACAUUCCUCUUCAGCCUUUACCCGGAGCGUGCCAAAUAUCCUUGGGUUGGGUGUUCUAUCGGUGCCGAUGGGAAGGGGGAAAGCGUUUCCCAUGCUUCAGAACUCUUCAUGGCGGCCGAUUCAAAGAUGAUCACCAUAGGAGGAGGGUCAGUUUUCAUAAAUUUCACCAUAAUUUUCAGCCUUCACCCAGUCAGAGCCAAAUACCCAUGGGUUGGAUGCGCUCAAGAGGAUUCGAAGGACGAGGGCGAUGUUAAGACUUCUCAUGCUAAUUCUCUUUUUAUGGCAGCCGAUAACACAAUGAUUACUGUAGGAGGAGGUGACGGUCAAGCGAUAUGGAUGGAUGAAAACAUACGGUUCGGUAAAACGGAUCGAUGCUCCACGUUCAAUAACCCGCCGCUUUGUCCUAGUGGGGAUUUUGAAAUACGCGUUUUAGAGGUCUACGGAUUCUCCGGGGCC